GCUUGGCCGAAAUCUGCUAGAGAAUAGCGGGGUUGGUUAAAUCGAGGAAAAAGCGCGGUAGAAGACUUUGGCGAAGAAGUUGUUGGCGAAGUAUGCGAAGAAGUAACUGGAGAACCGACACCGGGUUUCUGGCAAUAGCAACAGAGGCGGAGAACGACAGGGAAAAAACCUUGGAACCUCCAAGAAAGAUCAAGGAAUUAUUGAAGGAGUUCCAAGACAUUUUUCCGGACGAUCUUCCGAACGAGCUACCGCCAUAUCGAACGCAUCAACACGAGAUCGUGGAGGAACCGGGUUCGAAGCCGACCUUCCGAGCACCAUAUCGGCUCAGCCCUACAGAGCUGACCGACAUGAAAAAACAGAUCGAGUAUCUCCUAGCCAAAGGACUCAUCCGACCAUCCACUUCGCCGUACGGUGCCCCAGUACUCUUCACACCGAAACCGGACGGAAGCCUGCGCAUGUGCAUCGACUACGGAGCUCUUAACAAGCAGACCAUUAAGAAUAAAUAUCAGAUACCGCAAAUCGAUGACCUGCUUGACCAGCUUCGGGGAGCUACGGUAUUUUCCAAACUAGAUCUGCGGUCCGGAUACUGGCAGAUAUGGAUGGCGGACAACUCUAUCCACAAAACUGCUUUCCGAACCGCAAUGAACCACAUUCUACGACCACUUUUGGACGAGUGCGUGGUGGUAUACCUGGACGACAUACUCAUCUAUUCGCGCGACAUGGAGCAGCACGUCGAACACCUGCGACGCGUCUUCGAAAUUCUUCGGCGAGAACGAUUCUACGUUAAACUGUCCAAGAGCGAAUUCGCCCUUGAGAAGGUCCAGUUCCUAGGACACUUGGUGAGCGCUCAAGGAGUUCACUUCGACCCCAAGAAAGUCGAAGCCCUACGUACGUGGAAGACACCCGAGAACGUGAAGGAGUUGCAGCAGUUCGUAGGCUUCGCUAAUUACUUCAACAGGUUCGUGCCACAGUAUGUGAAAAUCGCAGCACCAAUGAGUGGCUAGUGACGACAGACUAGUGACGA